GAGACGAUUCUCUUACAUGAUCUUACAAACACAUAGGUAGUAGACAUCAGCAAGUGCUAACUACCUAGUACAUAGAAUCCAUCAGGGUCCAACUUCAAAAGUAUAAUGAUCAUGACCAAGGUUUCAUCUGGUAAAAACCACCAAUUACAGGAGUUUAAGAAGAAGCUAUUUCCCUACCUACCUAGGUAGUAGGUACAUAAAUAGCAUCCCUUGAACCCGAAACGACACGCGACCGCCGAGCUAGAAGCUCUAGAAGCCAACCACUAAGCUUGUUCCCUUCUUAAGGGCGAUUUAUCACCCGAGAGGCCAGGGAGUUUAAUAUCGCUGCCGUGAGAGCAAUCCGAUCCACCUACGUCCACAUAUAGGGGCCUUUUGAUGACGGCGGGGUUUCUCGAUCUUCAGGAACCAACCUAUCAUAGAUGAUCCAUUGCUCAUGCUGCUCAUAUUAUGAAGGGAUCGGUGGUAAAACUUAAAUGAAGUCGGUGUUUCUAUUUGAUGUUUGUCUUUGUCCGUGUAUUAAAGUUCCUCCUCAGCUGUCGAAUAUAUCUAGCCGGUGCCCAGAUGAUAGUCUAGUGUAAUAUUCACACACACCUAUCCUCUACUCAUACAUACACUCAUCUUCCGUCGUCAUUAUUCUACCUAGAGUGUACACACAUAACUUCACACUCACCUGAACAUAAUACCUUGAAUUCAUUAGCAGCUCAUUUCUUCCUAAUCUACCUAACAAAAUGGCCACCGAGACAAACGGCGCAUCCAGCGCUCCUAAACCCUCCAAAUAUGACCCUAACUUCACACAACACGUCAUCGAUACCAUGGGCCCUAACACAACACCUCGGAACCGAGUUGUCUUAGGAGCUCUAAUCCGCCAUAUCCACGAUUUCGCGCGGGAAGUCGACCUCACAAUUGACGAGUGGAUGGCUGGAGUACGGUAUAUCAACGCAGUCGGACGAGUGUACUCAGAGUCAAACCAAACACGCAACGAAGCGCAUCGUCUCACCGACAUCCUCGGCCUCGAAUCACUCGUCGACGAGAUCGCGCACAAGAUCAUCUCCGACACCGACACCGACCCGACUUCCUCCGCAAUCCUCGGUCCCUUCUGGAGCCCCGACGCGCCCUUCCGCGAGAACGGCGGAACCAUCAUCCAGAACCCCGCCAAAGACGGGCGCGUCGUCCUCAUGCACGGCGUCAUCUCCGACCUAAUCACCGGCAAGCCGAUCCCGGGCGCCGUCUUCGACAUCUGGCAGGCUUCCGCGAACGGCAAGUACGAUUUCCAGGACCCGGACAACCAGACCCCGAAUAAUCUACGCGGCAAAUUCAGGGCGGACGAGAACGGGAAGUACUGGUUCUACUGCUACUACCCGACGGCGUACUCGCUGCCGAGAGACGGGCCCUCGUUCCAGCUGUUGACUAUGAUGGACCGACACCCGAUGAGGCCCGCGCACAUCCACAUCAUGGUAACACACCCAGACUACAGAGGCUGCACCACGCAACUCUACCCCAAAGAAGACGAGUGGCUUUCCUCCGACACCGUGUUCGCCGUGAAAGACGACUUAGUCGUGGACUUCAAGCCGCUCGAGGGCGAUAGCAAGGCGAAGCUCGAGUUAGAUUACAAUGUCAUCUUGGCGCCGAAGGAUUAUAAGGGGAAGCCAUUUUAAACGAGAUUAUCUUUCCGAGAAUCGUAAACUUUGACCUAGGGUCGCGUAACUAGAAGUUUAGGAUCGGGUUGGCGAUCAUACAUAAGUAUCGGAGUUUAAACGAAAAGAGGAUGCGUGCGCAUACAUAUCGUGGAAGUGGCGGUGCGGUAGCAAGUCGCGGAGCUCGGUUGGAGUUGUUGCAGCUCCUAGAGGAAAGGGGCAGACGCAGACACUCUUAUUGGCGAGGGAUGGGAUGAUAGGCGUUCUAAUGUCUCAGCGCCGAUUUCUGUAUUUAUACGAAGCUGCAUGAAGCUGUCUUUGAGCUGCAGCGUACGAGGUAAUGAAUUAACAAACGCCCAUUGCAGCGAUCUGAACAUAUACCGAGCCCGGUUGCCAGAGUAUCGUGAGAAAACUGGUGAUGUUCAAUUAGAUACUAGGUAGUGAAUUUCUAUUAGGAGGUUUAAGGGCGGACGAAGAGAGAUACUUGAUCG